GGUGCAAAUGCACAGCUGAUCUAAAAUUAGACGGCGAAAUGCUAUUUUGAGGUUAAGUGAGCAUUCCUAUUUUCGUGUUUGAUGUUGACUUUUUGUUAUCUUGUCAAUACUGUCUCUCAGUGUCUUGUGCUUCGCAAUGAAGAAAGAUAAAAACAAAAUAAAACCCGGAGAAGUAUUGUUAGUGGCUGAACCGUUUGUUGCUACGCUAAGUUCAAAGUUUAGGACUGAAAGAUGUGACUACUGUUUUCAACCGAGCAACCUGCUGAAGUGCUCGGCUUGUCAGUAUGUUUAUUAUUGUAAUAAUGACUGCCAGAGGCAUGCAUGGAAGGAGCAUAAAGGGGAAUGCAAAAAUCUGAAGAAAAUUCAACCCAGAGUAGUUCCGGAUGCGGCAAGAACUAUGGCAAAACUAAUUAUAAAAUUAAAUAGUGCUAGUGGAUCAAUGGAAAAAGGAUACUACUCAAAAUCCUGUUUCAGAAUGUUCAAAGACUUGAUGUCUCAUUACACAGAUGUUAAGAAAGAUAAGAUAAGAAUGGAGCAUUUCGCCUCACUGUGUGCCGUUCUCAAUGACUUUCUUGGUCCAGAAAUACUACCAAAUCCAGUUGGAAUGCUUGGAAUUUAUGGAAGGUUAUGUGUGAACGGUUUCAAUAUUUGCGAUCCGGACAUGACGUCGAUUGGAGUGGGCGUGUACCUGGCUCCAACCAUAAUCGACCAUAGCUGUGACCCAAACGCUGUGGCCGUAUUCGAACAGCGCACCAUCUACAUUCGUGCUAUCAAAGAAAUAGCUGCUCCUCUUGACUGGAAUAAGGUGUUCAUAUCGUACAUAGAUCUAAUGAGCGAUCCCAGUGAGAGACAACAGGAGCUGCUAUCUACCUAUUAUUUUUUGUGUCAAUGCAACCGUUGCACCAACGAGCAUGAACGAUCUCUCAUGAAGUCCAUGCUCUGUCCGAACUCAGAGUGUGGAGAACCCAUCUUCGUCGACGAUGUCAAGGAUGGUGAAGAUAAUGCGGUUGAUUUAUCUUGUUCAAAAUGCGAAGCCAUUGUCAAGGACGAAACGUUCAAAGAAUUCAAAGAAGUGUCUGACUUCACAGACAUGCAUCUGAAGACGAUGAAAGAUGUAGCUUAUUUGGAUGUUUGUAAUUUAUGUCUGAGAAAACAGGAAGGUCUCUUCCACCCAAUGAACAUUCAACACUUGAAGACUUUGGAUGCAGCCUAUCAGAGCGCUAUUCAAAUGAAUCAGUUUGAUACUGCUCUGCGAUAUGGCAAACAACUCAUACCAGGUUUCAGGGAAUAUUUCGGACAAUACCAUCCAUCCUACGCAAUACUGCUCUUGAUGUUGGCCAAAAUCCUGGUUUACGUUGAGAACUUCAAAGACGCAGCAACUUACCUCAAGGAGUCUGAGAAAAUAAUCGAGAUCACCCACGGAAAACAGCACAGUCUUUACAGGCAUGACUUUCUUCCUUUGCUAUUCCAGACUCAGGCUGCUCUGGGUAAAAUAUAACUUCAGAUGCCAUCCAUUUUUAAAACUUUUUAUGUGUUCACUACUUAUAAAUACGAAAUUUCCAGUGACAUUUCAUCAUUGGCACAUGCCUAGAAUGCGUUUGAUGUUUUGGAUUGAGUAGCGGUUUCAACUAUGUUCCUUUUGUAAAUUCAUCGUGAAACAAACGUUUCUGAAUUAAAUUUGUCGCUCAUCUGGUGCAAUAUUGUAAACGAUUACUUGUUAUAGUGUGUUUUUUGUAAUGUAAGAUAUAAUUAAUUAUCGAGUUAUGUGCUUA